AUGCUGGAGUCAUUAGUUGAAAAACUGUUAAAUAAAUUUCUCGCACCAUAUGUUGAAGGAAUAGAGCGGAAUUUGCAUUUGGGUGUUUGGUCAGGGAACAUUGUUUUAGAAAACCUAAAAUUGAAACCACAGAUAACCGAAAUAUUAGACUUAUCGUUUAAGAUAAUACAUGGAAACAUAGGAAGAGUAAACAUUCAAAUACCAUGGAGCAGCUUAGGGAAAAGUCCAGUAUGUGUAUUAAUUAAAAAUGUGCAUAUAUACAUAAAACCUAGAAGCUAUCAAAAAAGUGAAAGUGUUAUAAUCGAAGAAUUAAGGAGAGCAAAAAUGCACAGAUUAGAAUUGUUAGAAGAAGAAAUUUCUAUAAUUAAACAACAGAAAAAUAAGGAAAAGUCAUCAGAAAAAUCUACACUUAUAUUUAAAUUACUAAAUAAAAUUAUUAAUAACAUUCAUAUAGAUAUUCAAGAUAUUUUAAUUCAUUUUGAAGAUCCAGGAAAAAAAUUUUCUAUUGGAUUUAUUUUGAAAUCAUCGUCUGUAAAAAACUGUCAGAAAAAUGUUGAAGUUUCGACAGAAGCUAAUACAAGUUCUGAGUAUAAAAAAUUAAAUCAUAUUAUUGAAUUCAAGGGGUUAUGUAUUUAUAGCAACAGUAACAUAAGAAAAAGAAGAAGAAAGAAAAAAAAGGAGUACAACAUAGAGGACAAAGAACACGAUGCGGGGGGAGGAGAAAAAAAAAAAAUAAAAAAAGGAAAAGAACACCAGCGUGAUAGUAAUAAUACCCCUUCUAAUGAAAACAAUGUUGACAGCAAGAUUUAUACGAAUAGUAAUGAUGAAAAAGAAGAUACAAAAAAUAAAACUCAUACCAAUAAUGAAAAUGAAAUGAAUAAUGAUACUAGUGAUAAGUUCGAAAACGUUGAUUUUUCGUUAAAGAUAAAUGAUGACAUGUCACAUAAUAAUGAUCAAAAAGAAGAUAUAACUUUUGAAUCUAAAUUAAGUAGUGAUGGUGAUGAGAAUAAGGAUGAUUAUUUAAAAAGUACCUUAGCUCGAAUAGGUAGUUUUUUAAAAGAUGAUGAUAAUAAAAUUUUAAAUUAUUAUAAUUUUGAAUAUUUAAUUAAACCGUUUGAUUUAGUAUUGCCAGUAGAGCAGUCUAGUAAUAAAAAAGAAUUAAAAGCCAAAUUAGAAAUUAGUGAGAAAUGGGAAGGAAUAACAUUAACAAGAACGCAAAUUACAAAGAUUAUUGAAAUAAUGAAUGAGGCGAAUAAAUCAAGGAGUCAAACAAAUAAACUGUUAUUAAAAUAUGCUUGUACCGUCAAGUUGGACAUUGAAUCAUUAAGAAAUGAAACAAAAAACGAAUUUAUGAACUUGUACAAUAAGGUUCUUGGAGAAAAAUAUAAUAUAUCCAAAGUAGAAUUAACUAACCAAGAAUUAAAUAGAUUACAAAUAUUGUAUGACGUGGUGGGUGUUAGACAUUUAGCCAAAUGGAGAUUGCAGUGUCAAAACAUGUUAGAAAAAAUAAUUGAAGAAAAAAAUUUAAAAAAAAAAUAUCUAUAUGAUUCUAUAUAUAAGCAACAAUCAUGGUGGUCUUGGGUAACAGGAAGUAAAAAAGAUAUAGAAAACAAGGUUCAGAGUAUUUUAAAAAGCGAGCAAGAUAUUAUAAAUGAAAAGGAGUUACAUAUUUUACAGGAAGCAGUAACGAAUGAAGAUAAUUAUGAUGUUGUUGUUCCAACCAAAUAUGAUUUCGAAUUUAAACUUGCAAAUUUUUCCAUCAAUGUAUAUGAUGAUUGUAAGAAAAAAAGGAAAUAUGUAGAUAAGGAAGAAGAGGAACUUAUUCAAUCUGAAGAAAGAAUGCAAAGUAAUGGAGAAGAACAUAUAAAAGGUAUUUCACAUUUAAAGUGUGCAGGAAAUGAUGAGCAAAUUGAUGUAGGUACUAUAAGAAAUAAGCAUUAUAGUAAUAAUUCCUUUAAUGAUAAUUUGAAUGAUGAAAUAUCUCUAAGUGGAAGCGUUGAUUCAUUAUUAAACAGUACACCAGAUAUGAGUGCUACCAAUUCAAGUUACAUAAAAAACAAUAGAAAAAUGAGAUAUGAAGAAAUUAAUAUAUUAUCAAUUAAUUUUUAUCAAAUAUAUUCAUCUUUAUCCCUUCAAUCAGUUGUUGAUCAUAAUGAUAAUGACAAUUUUCAGUGGAAGUUCAUUAUCGAGUUACAAAAUUUUGUAGCAAAACAUAAGAAUAAUAUAUUUAUGGAAUUUAGAAAAAAUAAUACCUUGUUUCCUUUUGAUAAUAACGGUUCAAGCAGUAUUUAUAAAAAUCCAAUAUACUAUUCCUUGUUGUACAGUCAAAGUUUGUGUGCAUACCUAGAGAUAAAUCAUUUAGUUACGGAAAAGGGAAAUACCUUAUCUACCUUGUUAAGAUUAAAUCCUUUGGAAUUGUACUUAUCAUCAUUACUUAUUAAAAACAUUUUAUCCUUUACUUUUCCUCUAUUAGACAUUAUAAAUAAAAGGCAUAAAACUGCAAUGAAAAGAUACAAAAGGAAAAAUUCAUAUCCUGACAAGGAGGAAAAGCAGGAAACGUGUACACAGGCGAUUCAUAUGACAGAUGCAGCAUUAUCAUUUCUUCAAAAAGAGGAAGAAGCGGUAGAAGUGAAGGAAGAAGUAAUACCCCAAGUAGAGGGCGAUGAGAAGCGGGAAUUUAAAGAUAACUGUGAACAUAGUCAAAAAAUGGAUGAAUAUAAUAAGGAAAAAAUACCAACGGAAAAGAUAAGCAAAGAAGAAAUUGAAAAAGGGGAAGGAAGAUAUACUGAAGAGGAUGAUCGUGAGGAUGAGGAAGAGGUAGAAGAUGAAGAUGACGAUGAAGCACUUGAGAAUAUUAAAAAAAUGGAACAAUCAGAAUUAAUUGAAGGAUUAAAGGAAAAAGGAGAAAAUGUAUAUAAUAGAGCAGUUCAGCAUUUGCCUGAAUUAUUCGAAUUUUAUAUUCAUAUAUGUGGCCCGAUAGUACAUUUUGAUAACCUAACGAAUGGUAUUGUUGAGUUGCAUUUAGGUAAUUUGAUAGCUAAGACAGAAUGCCCAUGUGCAUACAACAAGUUUAAUUUAAUAUUUGAAUUUAACGAAACGCAAAUAACAUGUUUAAAAACGGUUUUUCCGAAUGCUAAUAAAUUUUACAAGUAUAAGAAGGACAAAGAUUUGAACCACAAAAAAGAGCAGUUGGCAAAUGAGAAGACUAUUAAUAACAGAAAAAAUAAUGUACAUUUGAAAAGUAGUGCACAUGUAGAAAAUAAUGAAGAUCGAGUAAUUUCUAAAGAGCCCGUUAACAGACGAUUGGAUUUUAAGGAUAGUUAUUGUAAUAGUAUAAAAGAUAGACUGCUAAGUAGCGAAAAAUUUUAUAUACUACAACCAAUUCCAGUUAAGAUAUAUGUGGAAUAUGAUUUAAAAAUUUUAAAAGCUAACAUAAUAUUAGAUUGUAUUUUUUUUCAAAUAAAUCCAGAUGCUGUCAGCAUCAUAUUAGCAGUACCAACAUCUAUUACUAGAUACUUAACACGGUUUUAUUCAAAAAACAAAAAUAAGGAAAAAGAGUUCUUUAAGUUUAAAAAAAAAAGUUCUGUGGAAAAAAAAGAAAUGGAUGCAAAAGGAGAAGGACGAAAUAUAUGUCAGGAUGGAACAUCAAAAUUUGAAGAGAGUCAGACGAAGAAUGAUAAUCUGAAUAACAGUAUUGUAGCGAAUGCUGAAGAGAAUGAAAAUUUGAAUAAAAUAAAUAAAAAUAAUAAAGCAGAGGAGGAAUCAUUUUUAUAUGACAUUGAUUUUUUAAUUAAAAAUUCUUCUUUCUCUAUAAAAAAUAGGAAGGACUUUGAAAUAUUGAAAUAUGAGGCCUGUGGAAUAUCUUACAAAAAUUAUUUUCAAAAAAAAAAAAAAAUUAUGAAAGUAGAAAUCGAGCAGUUAUGGAUUUGUGAUCCAAGUAAUAGACAGCCAAUUUUUUUUACCUUAACAAAAAAUGUCAAUUCGAAGGAUAUUUUUCUCUUCCUGUCUCUUUCCACCUAUUUGGAGGAGAAAAACAAUGCUUAUGCUAACAAUGAAAACGGCAUUGUUGAUAUUGUGGAUAGCGCAAACAUGGAUAAUAAUAGCAGCAGUAAGAAGGAGAUUCAAGACGGGAUGAAAAUAGAGGAUGCUCAUUUGGAAGGACAAAACGACAGUAAAGAGAACAACAAGAAUAGCGAUAAUUCAGGAUGUAUAGAUCGAUUCGAGUCAGCUGAAAGAAUAGAAAAUUUCAUGAUAAGCAAUAUUGUGAAUAGGCAAGAGGAGGAAGAGAAGGAAUACAGCGGACAGAACAGAUGUCUUGAAAAUUCAGGAAAAAAUUACUGUAAUAAGAAUAGUAAUGGAAAUGGUAAUAGUAACAAUAUUUGUAAAAGUAAUAAAAAUAAUUAUGACAUGCUGACAAAAGCCUAUGUGGAAAAGGUUAUUACUGAUGUACACCUAUUGUCAAGGAAUGUAAAUUUGAAAUCGUGUUAUAACGAAAGUAAUAUAAGUAUAAAUGAUCAAAAUGGCAAUAAGAUUGAAGAUGAUGAGAAAGAUAUAGACAGCGAGUUGACGGGGGUAAAGGGAGGCUCAAAUAACCCAAGUAGUAAGAACGUAGCUGCGAAUGAAAAAUAUACGAAGAGUGGUAGGCAGAAUGUACAAGUGGAAGGUGGUAACCAUGAUGAUGAAAACGAUGAUGAGGAUGACGAUUUUAUGGAUGCUAUAGAAGAAAAACAGCUUUCAAUAAACCUCCAAAUUCUGCAAAAACAAAAUAAAAGAAAUAAAGCAGAAACGCAUAUUAAUUUUAUUAUAAGUGAUAUUGAAUUACAUUGGAAAUAUAAGACAAUAAAGCAAAUAUUUAAAACAAUGAAAGAGUAUAAAGAGAAAUUACAGUACGGAUUAGAGAAAGACAUGAAGUAUAUAAAAAAGAAACUAAAAAAUGAAGAGGAACUUAAAAAUUACAAGAUGUUUAUAUCAGAACAUACUUUAAGAAGUGUUCAAGAGACAUUAAACAAUGUAAAGAAUGCUCUAAACAUUUUAGAUAUAGAAUCAGAAAAGAAAAAUAAUGAAGAAAACAAUGUUGGAGAUGAUACAAUUAAUAAUACGAAUGUAGUUCCGUGUGAUGUUAACGUUAUCAAAUCAUGUAUAAUUGAUGAAGAAACAAAAAAGAUAAAUAAUAUAAAUAAAAAAAGUGAUACAAUUCUUAACAAUGGGUUAUGUAACUCGUUACCGAAAUUGUAUGGUCAGAAAAAUUCGUAUGUUAAGUAUUUCUUCAAUUGUUAUAUUAAAAGUGCAUCUCUUGCUUUUUGGCAAAAAAAAAAAAUUUUUUCAAAAAUACAAGUUAGUAAUAUAUUUUACGAAAAUAAGAUAUAUUUGAAUUUCGAUCAGAAAAUGUUUAUAAACAUUGAAAAAGGUAUAAUAUCUAUGAAUAACAAAAAUAUUAUAUCGAAUAAUAUUAAUGAUUAUACGUAUGAUUUGUUUAUUUCUAAAAAGAGUAAUAAGCUGAGUGGUGCUGAUGGGGAUGUUCUUCCACGUAAUGAGGAGAAGGGGGAGAGCUCGAAAAUGAUUUCCGAGGGAAGAAAUAGCAAAGAUAUUUUAAAUUAUAUAAAUACGGACAACUUGUCUGAGGAGAUAAGAAAAAAAAAAAUAAAAAGAGCUGCGGAGGGAGCGACAACUGUUGCGACCAACAAGCAGAAAAAAGAGAAACACGACCUGUUCAUAGGUAAGGUAAAAGUUUACAAUGACAAAAGAGAUUAUAAUAUAUGUUUGUUAUGUGACAUUUCAAGUAUCUAUUAUAUUUUUUAUUUGCGUGAUUUGAAGUCAUUUUUGGAUUACUUAGAUGAUGGUAUAUUAAAUGUUUUUAUUAGCAAGUCAUACAAAAAAGUGGUGCAAGUUGCGCAGGCAAAAUAUUUUUUAUUUAGCUGCACAAUUAUGAAUCCAGUUGUUAUUAUUCCUGAGGAUAAAAAUAUAAUAUAUAAUUACAAGGGAGAAGUAAAAAAUACGUCCUUGUGUUUUAACAAAAUUAAUAAUGGUCUUUGCAAUACGGAUAAGGAAAAGAACAACAUACCAUAUAUUGAAUCUUACUUAAAAUUUCAUCUGAAUACUUUAAAGUUUAAAAAUUCAUACACAAUAAAUUGCAUAGAACAGAUUAUGGUAAAGCGAAGGAAUGAUAUGAAGGAAAACAAGAUAAAAAAAAUUAGUAAGAGGAAGGAGAGAGGAAAAAAGAAGUGCGAGCAGAAAAGGGAAAAAGGCACAAACACGCCUGCAGAUAAAAUGGAAAAUGAAAAAAUAUACGUUAAGGGGGAAAAAACAAAUAUAUCGUGUUCUCCAGUGAAGUAUGAUUUUACCUUAUAUGUUGAUUUGCUAGACAUAGAAAGCAAAGCUUGUGAAAAUGGGGGAAGUACAAAUAUUGAGGGAAAUAUUUUACACAAAGUUAAUAUUGGUCUAUGUUUAGUUAGUAGUAAAAAUGGGGUUUAUAUUUUUUUUAAUGGAAGCAAUUUUAGUCUAGACUUAACUGUUUUUCAACUGGCCUUUUUGUUAGACAUUAUUAAUGAAAAUUUUUGUUUUAAAGGAUAUUUUCCUAUGUGUUUUAUUUGCGAUAAAAGCGUCGAUAUGUACAACCUCAUAAACGCAGAAUGGUUCCGAAAGGGGAACAUCAAUUUGAACAAUUUGAGCAAUAUGCACAAUAUGAGCAGUGUGAGUAAUGUGAACAAUAUGAAUAAUAUGAACAUUGUGAACAAUAUGAAUCAUGUAAGCAAUUUGAAUCGUAUCACUGAUACUAAUGACAUUAGCAAGUGCGGCAGUCGAGUUGAUAACAAGGACAACCAACACAGUAGUAACAACUGCAGUGAAAAGAGGGAUGAGCGCGAGAUGAAGGGCGAUUUACCAAACUAUGAAGUCAACACUUGUUGCUCAUGUAAGAAUCCUGUGAUUAACGGAGCAAAGAAUGAAGUACUUGUAAGAAAAGGAGGGUUUAAAUUAUAUGUGUAUAUAAAUUUGGAGAGUUUAAAAAUUAAAACUUCUUUUGAUAAAAAUACACCUGUAGCUAUUAUAGCAUUUCAAAAUAUAAGUAUAUCAUUCCAUUUAGUACUUUUAGAUUUUUAUUUUAUUUAUUUUUUUGAUUUAUAUAGUAAUUCUUUGUAUAUUGAUGAUGUUAGAAAGGAUUCUAUAAACUACUACAAAAGGGUUGCAUAUUGUUGUAUUGAAAAUGAAAUAAAAAAAAGAAAAAGAAGCAAUUUUAUGCACGAGAAUGGUAGAAAAGGUUUGGUAAAAGAUAGUUCCUUUGAAAAGAAAUCUUUAUUAAUAAAUAACCUCGUAUCAGCCAAUAGCAAUUCGAUUAUUCUAAAUGUUGAAGAAGAAACUAAUAUGAAUAGUAACACUGUUGUGAAUAGUGAGUAUAGUUUUAACAGUGGGGAGAAUAUAAAGAAGAUGUGUACUUUUUCAGAGUCAGAUAUAAAGGAUUACAAAAAACUAUUAAGUUAUAUGCUUGAAAAUAAUGUGUUUUUAAACGAAAAGAAGAAAUGUAAAAAGCAAAAAGGCAUAAAAAUAAAAAUCAAUUCCUUUAUAGAAGAUUUAUUGUUAAGCAUUGAACUGGACGAUGCAUACAUUUGUUGUUUUUUUAUUAUUUUUAUAGAUAUCUACAAAUUUUUAUCAACAAGUUUUAAUUUGAGUACACUACGUUUAUAUCCCAAGCCAUCCCCUUACAUUGUAUCAAAUAAGGAUGGCAAGAAAAAUGGAAAGAAGAAAAAGAAUACAAUGAAAGUGGAGGGAUACGAACAUGUAGAUAACCAAAUGGUAAAUACAAGUAAAAAAAAAAUAAAUUUGAAUGAUGACAAGGUUAAAGUGUAUACAGAUAUUAAAAGUUAUAGUAGGAGUCUUAAAAAAUAUAAUGUAGAAAAUAUUCAUAUAGAGGAAAAUGUGUUUAAACAAGGAAGAAAACAGCCUAAUGAAGAGAAUAAGCUUCUCAGGAAAGAAGAAGAAGAAUCCUCAAUCGAUGACGACAAAGAAAACGACAGCAUACAAAUAAAAAAAAAAAUAAAAAAAAAAAAUAAUAAUAAUAAUGAUGAUGAUAAAAAUAGUAAUAGUAAUAAUAAUAAUAAUAAUAAUAAUAGUAAUAGUAAUAGCUAUGAUAAUAAUAAUAAUAGCUAUAAUAAUAAUAAUAAUAAUAAUAAUAAUAAUAAUAAUAAUAAUAAUAAUAAUAAUAAUAAUAAUAAUAAUAAUAAUAAUAAUAAUAAUAAUAAUAAUAAUAAUAAUAAUAAUAAUAGUAAUAGUAAAAGUAAUAAUAUAAAUGGUGCUAAUGGCAAUAGUGGUAAUACUAUAACGAAUAUAUCCAAAUUUAUAAAGCAGAAAGUAAGAGAUGUGAAGAACAAAAAGAUAACAAAUAUAAACGAAUUAUUAAAAUUAGAUAACAAACCAAUUCAUAUAAACUUCAAAGUGAAUAAUGGGAAUUUUAUUAUUUUCACACACUUAGAAAAUGUGGCUAACCCUAUAAUAAUGUGGUCUAACAAUUUCGUUUUUUCCUUUUCUAUUUUGAAUAAGUGCAUAAUUUUUAGGAAAAUAUAUGCUAUAGAUAGCAAGAUAAAAAGAAUUAAUUAUGUAAGUAAUACAUCAAAUGAAAGGAAGCAAGAAAAGGGUUAUAAAAAUGUAUCGAAUCCACUUCAUAAUUAUCAUAAGAAGAAAAUAUUAUUAUGUGAUAAUUUAAAUGUAAAAGGGGAAGCAUUAUACGAAUCAGUUGAUACCAGGAAGGAUAAUUACAUUUUAAAAACAAAUGUUAAGGGAAAGGAUUCGUUUCAUUUUAUAUCUAUUUUUGAACUUGAUAUUAAUAUUAGUAAUUUUGACAUUCGAUUAUCAAAUGAUGAUGUAGAAAUAUUGUUAAGGGCAUCUUCUACCUUAUUUGGUGAUACUCCUAGCUCCUUUACCAAUAUAGUUGUAGGUCCAGUUACUCCACCAGUGACAUUUAUACAUACAAAAAUAAAAAAUAAAUUUAUGAGAAAUAAUAUAUUUUUUAUAAGCAAAAAUAUAAAUGGUGCUCCGAUAAGCGGUACAAAUGAUGUGCAUAUUACUAAUGUAGGUAAGCUUAAAAGGGGGAAGAAAACAAAACCGAAUGUGGACUCUAUACAGCUUAGACCUAAGCAGAGUGUAUUAGAGAAGGAAAACAAGAAUGAUAUAGAAACAGAGAAUGGAACAGAAAAAAACGAAGCAAAGGGAGAUACUACGAUGAAAAAUAUAAAGCUUAAACAAAAUAAUAAGAAACUGUGUGUAAUAAAUUUGUCCGAAUCUAGCAAUAAUGUGAUUGAGUCCUUUUCAUACAAUGCACUAACUGAAUUUUCAACAGAUACCAAUACGAUGAGUUGUUCCGAUUCAUCCAAUACAGAAUCAUACAAGUCGAAUUUUAUUUAUGAAAAUAAUCGUAUAAGUGAAAAUGGAUCAGAAUAUGGGGAAAAUCAUAAUGAAACAGCAAAUACAUACAGAGAUAUUAAAAUAAGUAUCAAGUUACACAAUGUUAAGUGUACUUUUAUUGAUGAUAUCCGAAAUUCUAUUGUCCCAAUUAUUAGAAUGAUAUUUAGUAUGAAUAUAAGUUUAAAUUUUUAUACAGACGAAUGUUCAUAUAAUAUUAACGAUUUGAAUUCUAAGGUAGAAUAUUUUAAUAAUUGUAUUGGUGAUUGGGAACCGUUUCUUGAAAAGUGUAAUAUAUCGUUAGAUGUUCACAAAAUUUUACCUAACGAUAUGUAUAGUGAAGAUACAGAAUCGAGUAAAGCACCAAUCAGUAUUAUAAAAAUUAAUAGUGUUAAGGCAUUGUGGUUUAACAUUACUCCUCAGUUGAUUAAUCUGCUUUUCUUAUUUGUUCCUGUAUUUUCAGAAAAAUUUCUAAAUGGGUUAAAAAAAAAAAGAAUUGAAAAAAAAGAUACUAAUAUAGUUAAUAACAACAUAGGGAAGUAUGAACAUAAUGGCUGUGUUGAUCUUCUGAAUAGCAAUUAUGAGAGCUUGUCUACUGAGUUAGAUGAUAAGAUACUAUCUGCUAAGAGUAAGAGCAUUUAUGAAAAUUGUUCAUCAGUAUUUGAAUCAUUUCCAGGAGACAUGGAUACAAAUAAGGAAAAUGGUUUUAACUUAGAUGAUUUUUUAAAAAAGGAAGAAAAUCGUGAUACAUAUGAUUCUAUGAAAGAUAAUUCGGUAAUAUACUAUGUCAAUUUAACAAGUGAUUAUUUUUACGCCUUUGUUAUGCCUGAAAGUAAUGUAGACGAAAUGAAACUGAUGAAAACUUGUGUAACGGUAGAAAGCGCGUACGGAACAAAUUUGCACAAAAGGAAGAACUUUGCUAAUCAGCCUAAAGAUGAAAGGGAAAAUAAAAAGACGGAUAUCGUUUCGAGAGGGGUAACGGGUGAAGUGUUGGACAUAGGGGCAGGAGAAGUGGCAAAUACAACAGCUAGUGUAACAGUGAGCAGCUCAGCGAUCGGAGAGGAGAACGAUGGGGAAAAUGAAGAAUCCUCAAGGGAGCAUGUGCUAAAAAAUGUACCUGAAAUAUACACGAAAAUUAUAGCAACCAAUAAGUUAAUAUCGUUAGAUAGGUUGCUGAUAAAUGAAAUAGCUAAUAAUUCUCUAAUUGAGAAGAAGUGCUUAUACUUGUACUUAAUACCUAUUCCUCCAACAAACGUGGUAAACAUAAUUCAUGAUAUGUUUACGAAUAUAAGUAAAAGAGACAUAGUUCUAGAUUUAAUGAUAACAAGGAAUCCAAAGAAAACAAUUGAAAAUUUAUUAUCGUAUAAUCGAUACAGGGAAGAUGAGAAAAAGAGUAGAAAAAUUAUGAACAUCAAUCUGAAUGAAAACAAAAAUGUUGAUGAACAACAGUUAAGUAAAUAUAAAAAGGUAGAAAAUGAAAGAAGCUCGAAUGUUUCGAGAGGGACAAGAACGAGCUUAUUAAAUAAGGAAAAAGGGUAUCUUAUUAAAAAUAAUACAAGUACUAUAAAUGAUAAAUAUGGAUCAGAAGAAAAGACGAAUGUUGACACAGAAUGUGGGAAAAAUGAAAACAUGGUAGCUAAUAUUGAAGAUAUUGCACAAACAGAUAAGAGUGAUAUUGAUUCCGAAGGUGAUCACUUCGCACGGGAUAGAGAAGAGCAUAACAUGGGAUAUGCCAAGGAUAACAAUUAUGAUGUUGAUGAAUAUAUAGAUAUUGAUGAUGAUGAUGAUGAUGAUGAUGAUGAUGAUGAUGAUGAUGAUGAUGAUGAUGAUGAUGACGAUGACGAUGACGAUAGUGAUGACGAGGAAAGCGAGAACACGAAUUCAAAUGUGGAAAAGGAGAGCACGUGUAAUAGGUACUAUUUUGAAUAUAACAAGAAAAAGAAAGAUUUAGGGAAUUCUAUAUUUUCACCUAAUAAAUUUGUUGGUCCAUUUUUAAAAAAUUCUGAAUGUGUCAUCAUAAAUCUGAUUAAGAAUAGUUGUACAUUAUUAACUACAUCGUUAAAAAAUAGUAACGUGAUUCAUAUAUUAAAACCUGCUGAUUUUAUUUUUGAAGAAAACUCAAUAAAUGUUGUUACGAGUAAGAAGAAUAAUAACCAGAAAUUUGUAAAGGAUAAAAAUGGCAGUACAAAUGCGGAUACCAAAGAAAUAGUAUUAAAUAAAGAAAAUAUAGAUAAAGUUAAUGAAUGGGAAAGAAUAAAUGAAGAAAUGAAUAAACAAACAUAUUUAGCAUGCAAAUAUAGAUUAAAGAAUAAUUGUAUACCGCAAACAUCCUUGGUAGAAACUGUAUGUGAAAUAAUAUCGCCUAUGCCAAAUUAUAAAAUUCUUUUUAUGUCAUCAACUGUUAGAAUUGUAAAUAAAUGUGGUAUACCGUUAGAAUUUUGUUUUUUUGAUGGAACAAAAAAUCCCAUUUUGUUAACGUCUAUAGAGAAUAGAACAAUACCUAUUAGUACCUUAUAUCCAAAUCAUAGUGAUUCUUUUAAAAAUUACAAAGUAUCUAAUAGUUUGAAUAUUAAUCCAAAUAUAAAAUUAAGACAAAAAAAUAAUAAUUUAAGCUUUACUGUAAUAUUAAAUCAUGAAUAUUUGUUGUCCACCCCAGAAUGUGCCUUUUGUGGUCCCUCAAAUGUGUAUCUGUCCUUUAAACCGAUUAAUUUGGUAAGUGAGGAAAAUGACUACUAUGAGAUAGUGAGUUCACAUAGCAAGAGAAUCGGGGGGUGCGAUAAAGGCAGAAGUAACAGCAAUAACAAUGGUAAGAGAAUUAGCAAUAGCAAGUGUAGCAACUUGGGAGGUUUGAAGGGUGAACAGAGUGCAGAUAAUUUAAUCGAUCCCACUGUUAUUAACAUGGAAGGCGGAUGGUCGGAUAUCUUCAGCUCGGACACGAGUCAAGGAACGUAUGUGAAAAAAUGCAAAUUAAGAGAGAAGAAUAAUUAUUUAUAUUUUCUUGUAAAAAUUGAAAAUAAAAUAAGUGCAUUACCAGCUGAGAAAAAUUUAAGAAUUAUUACAAUUUAUCCACAUGUUAGUGUAGUAAAUGCUAUUCCAGCAUUGGUAGAUAUAAUUAUGAUGUCUGAAGUUACAGAGGAAAAACAGAAUGAGUUUAUUUACGAAGAGAAAGGUAAAAUUGAUAUUUUAAAAAAUAAGAGAGCUAAAUUAUUAAGACAGCAUGAGGAAAUUAAUUCAUUUUUAAACAAAAUAGGAUCGAUAAAACAAAGUAAUAGUGGUAUGACCAUUUCAGCAUCUGAUUAUGGUUUAGGAAAAGGGGUGUCUAACAAUGAACGUGUGUAUGUGCAUGAAUUGAAUCGAUUAGAGAGAGAAAUAUUUACUCUUGAUGAGCAAAUAAAUUCAAAGAAAAAAGAAUUGAACUCAAGUACAUUAAAUAAAGGAUAUGUAAACAAAAGAUUAAAUCCUUUUUCUAUAUUUUAUAUAUAUGAAAUAAAGAAAUAUACAUGUUUGAAUUUGAAAAUGAAAAUUGGUAAUUCGCAAUGUGAAUGGUCCGAAAAGAUAUAUUUAGAAGAAGAUGAUGAAGAAACUGUUACUAGAUUUACGUUAAAUUUUAAAAAGUUUGCAUCAGUUGAAGUUGAAAUAAUUAAAAAUUUUAGUGGCUAUUUUAAUUCCUUAAGUAGUAUACUAGGUAAUAAGCAGUUGUAUAUUUUUUCCUUACCUAGAUGUUUUAUUGAUAGGACAGGUCUAGGUAUCAAGGCUAUAAAUUCAAAUAAAUAUUACCCCAUAAUUAAUGGUAUAACACUGUUAGGAGAUAACUCACAAAUAGACUUGUUGCUACCCCACAGAACGUACAACAGCAAUAGUAAUGGUACAAAAAAAUGUAGUGAUAUCAGUAGUAAGAAUAAUAGUAAUAAUAAUACCUGUGGUGAAAUGGAAAGGUGGAACCAAAAUACCUCAAAAUUUUUUGAGGAACGCAAUUUGACGGAUUAUGACCUAUUUAAUGAUUAUAAUUAUCCAUCUCCUGUUGAUAAUUCUUUGAUAUUAUUUAAAGCCACAUUGCCACCUAUUGGUAGUUACACAGAAACUAAUGUAGUUUGUAAAAACUUUUUUUAUACCUUUUGUUUAAAUACAGAAAAGAUUAAAACAACAAAUAUACCUUAUAUAAUUAGCAGAAUAAUUACAGUAGUCCCUCAAUUUAUUAUUAGUAACAAGUUAAAUUACCCAUUACUAAUUAAACAAUAUCAAACGGAAAAAAUACAGGGGAUCCGACAGAAUGACACGUGUCCCUUAUAUUUUACGAAGAAACAGAAUAUUUUAUUAUUCGAGUUUAAAACAUUAGAACCAUCUAAAAAUGCACAAGAGGAAAAGAAGAACGAUGUGGGUACUAAUGGUGCUAUUAGUACAAAUAGUGCUAAUAUGAACAGUAGUAGCAAAAUGAUGAGUAGCUAUAAUAACAAUAAAUAUUAUAAGCCGAACAAGAAUAUCUUUUGGUCGUCUGUUAUAUUCCCUAGUGAGAAUUUUGUGGGAACAAAUUAUAUGGUAAUUAAUAAUGGAGAUAGCGAGAAAUCGGAUGUAUAUGUAAUUACAUGUAUUCCAGAUAUGGGUACUAAAAAUAUAAUAAUUGAAAAGUUAGAAAAUAAGAACAAAGGAUUUAUUGCUUAUAAUUAUUCUAGUUUAGCUAAAUAUUUAAAAAUAAGAACAUUUCAUGAUGAUACUCAGCAUUUAAAAUUAGAGGAAGAAGAAAAUUAUAUAGAAAAAAAUAAUUUUUUAAGUAAUUUUUUAAAAUCAACAGAUAUGGAGCAUUAUUUUAAUAUAGAAUAUAACAAGUACAGUUACUUAGGGUGGAUAAAUCCAUUCAUAUAUAUAACAAGGAAUAUACAAAUAGAGAUAGUACUACAUGACAUGAAGGUAAUACCUAGAACACCUUUUGUUUUGAAAUUUGCGAUAUAUAAUUAUUCUCAAAAGACGUAUUAUAUAUACUACUAUGAUACGAUUUUUAUCAUAUCCAUUGAGUAUAUAGAAGACUUGAUAACAAUUAAGUUAACACAUAAAGAGUGUAUUAAAAGAGGUUUAUAUGAUGAUAGUAUUUUAAUGAAUAAUGAGGCAUUAAAGAGUGCAUCUAAUAUGUUGUACUACAAUAAAAAUGAUACAAUCAGUAGUUAUGGUAAUUACAACAUGUACAAUGAUAGGAACUCCAGGUAUUCAGUGAAUUUAAACAAGUAUACCAAGAUAGACACUACAGAGGAAAGAGGUAAGAGAGGAAGUGAAAAAAUUGGAGGAAAAUUGGAACAAGCAAUAACUCCUGCUUCGAACAUAUUGAGCUGUGGAAAAGGUAGUUACAUACAGAAGAAAAUGAUAGGAUAUAAUGAGUACAAUUAUGUUAGAAAUAUUGUGGACAAGGAGGGUGCAGGUGGUCAAAGGAAUGGUUAUAGCGGUUACGGCAAUUAUAAUUGUCAGAAUGGUAAUAGUGGUUACACUGGUUACAAUAGUUAUGGAAAUUAUAGUAGCUACUACGCGGAGAGCAGCAAUAACGAGUUAGUUAGGGUUAUUAGUAAUACGUACAAAAAUGUGCAUGUAAUAAUAAAUGUAACACAGAUUGGUGUAAGUAUCAUAUCGAAUAUUUUAAAAGAGGAGGUGUUUUUUAUUGAGUUGUCUAAAUUGUGUGCACUGUUUUAUAUGAAAAAUGAAGAGGAAGUGAUUGAUAUCAAGAUAACGGAUGUGCAGGUAGACUGUCAAUUGGAAUCGUGUGAAAAGUGUGUACUGUUGGCAAACAGAGGGAUAAACAGUAGUACUAGUGGUACCAACAACAAUAAUAAUAGUGGUAACAGUAAUAGUAACAGCAACAGUAAUAGUAGUAACAACAAUAACAUUAAUAAUAACAAUAAUAAUAAUAGCCGAAGUAGUUAUAAUAGUAAUCGUAACCAGGGAGGCAAUAGCGAGAAUGAGAUGAAGAAAAUGAAUAAAUUUUCUUAUGACAGCCAUGGAGGUAGUAUUACCAACAAUGCAAAUAUGGAAGAAGAUCCAAGUAGACAUUUGAACACAGCAUUGUAUGAGAAUAAUAAGUUGACUACAAAUAAUGGAAUAAGAAGAAAAAAUAUAAACGCAAAUGAAGAGAAAAUAUUUCUAAAUAUAUAUGUAGAAAGAUCAUUUAUAUCACAUAAUGAUGUUAUAUUUAAAAAGAUACAAGUAUCUCUAGAUGAUGUAGAGAUAGAAAUGGAUGCAGAAACAUUAAACGGAAUAAACUUAUUGAUAGCAGAAUAUUUAGAAGGGGUAAGUAUUGUGCAGAAAAAAAAUUUAUUAUAUGAAGAAAUACAAAAGUGGACUAUCUUACCAGUAUAUGUGAAUUAUAAAUCUCCAGAUAUUCCUUUAGCUAUUAAUAUACAAUAUAUGCAAAUAGACAAAUUUACUUUAGUAGUAUGGUGUUCCUUUUUAUUAGAUAAGAUGCAUAUGAUGAGUGACUUACUUAGAAUAGGAUUGAGAAUCUUGAUGGUAUCAGGAAAAUUAGAAUUAUUAGGUGCUCCUGUAACAUUAAAUCAAGAAAUAUUUAAUAACAUUCGUGUUAGUUUAAAAUCUUUUUAUGCAUUAUUAAAAGAUAAAUAUAGUCAUUCUAUAUUAGCAUGUUUAGGUUUUAUUGUAGGGUACAGUAGUCUAAUAAAUAUACCUAAAAUUCCGUUAGAAAUUGGUAGAAAUACUAUUGGAUUAGCUGUAUAUGCAGUGGAUAAUGUUAGUGUAGGUAUUGGAAGCUUCUUAUCCAAUUUAACAUUUGAUACAGAAUAUAUUAAUAGGAGGCAAAAGGAAAGGAAUUUUAAAACGAACACUAAUAUGAAAGAAGGGCUUAUAAGUGCAGUAAAAAAUAUAGGUGAAGGAGUAUUGAGUUUAUCCAAUAUUGUAACAAAACCAAUUGAAGGAGCACAAAAAGAAGGAGUUGGUGGAUUUUUCAAAGGUAUAGGUAAAGGAGUAGCAGGGUCAUUAGUAAAACCAUUAGAUAAAGUAGGUCAAGCAGUUUCAGAUGUUACAAGAGGAAUAAAAGCAGAGGUAUCGAAACCUAUAGGGGGUUAUAAAUAUAAAACUAAGAGACAUAGAAAACCAAGAAUGUUAUGGGGAGAAUAUGGAAAAAUUAAAGAAUAUAAUUUACAUGAAGCUGAAUUAAGAGAAUGUUUAGGUUUAAAAUUUUCAAAAAAUAUUAUGAAAUGUUUAACUAUACAUAAGCAGGAAAAUCAUCCUCCAUCUUACUAUUCUUUAUUACUAUACCCUAAGGUAAUUAUAUAUGCAAAUUUAUAUGCUAACUUAAAUACCAAUACAAAAAAUAGCGAAUUCUUUAAUGAUAAAAAGGGGGAUAUUGUUAUAUGGUCUCUUAAAAUUGAAGAUAUUGCUGAAAUAAGAGCUUCUAGUCAUGGCCUAAUAAUAAGGACCAACAAUAAUAAUAACCUUGUGUAUAAAAUACCAUGUAAUAAUGCGCUGUUAAUUAAUAAAAUAUACCGAGAACUCCAUAACUCGAAAAACUCAAUUAACUCAACUAUCAUAUUAGGCCAGAACAAUUUCUCACUGUACAGAUACCUCUGA